AUGUCUUAUCAUUACAAUGAAGCCUUUGAAAAUCCAGACUACCACUUCUCAGAGACGCUGGAAAUUGAUAGAAGGAGAAGUUCUCAGAGGAAUGUGUUCUCUCACCAAACCCGUUAUGACUCCUCACCGCUUCGUUCCUACAGCGAACACAGUGGAACAGAACAGAGUUACCCUCUGGCCAUACCAAUGGCCUCCGUAAGACACGGCUCCGAGUACAGUGAAGGUUUACCAAGAGCAAAUGUCCUAAGCAGAAGUCCAUAUGGAAAUUCCAUGGAAAAUCCUUCCUUCGAGCCUGAGCCAGAACUGGUGCACAGUUCACCCUCUACCUUCCAGCUGCUGGAGCGCCCCUAUACCCACAGAAUGUCCGACGUGUCGGAAGAUAGCUUUGUUCAGAGACACAACAGAAGACCACCUGAUGAGAUCUUCAUGAGUUCUAGCCUGUUUGAAGCGGAUCCAGCAUGCGAAGAAGAGAAAAAGUUAGUUGGAAAUCUUGCAAGUAUGUCCACCAGUGAAAGAAUUAAAGCAAUCCAGAAGAUGCCAGAGAAUAUGAAAAAAAAGAGAGAGAUCAGGAAUAAAGUCCUUAAAGAAAUAACAAAAAAAUCAAGGCACCGCGGUACUCAACUUCGCUGGUGCACACAGUGUCUGCAGGAAGCAGUGGUGUCAUUUCGGCGAUUUGGAAAUAGCCUGUCAGAAUAUUUUCACCUACUGUGGUUUUGGCACAAGACUCUGAAGAUCAUUGGCGCCGAGUUUGGAACAAGUGUUCUUUCUUAUUUUAUUUUCUUGAAGUGGCUGCUAAUUUUCAACAUCUUCUCAUUCCUCAUAAACUUCAGUUUCAUUGCAAUCCCUCAGUUUUUUGCAGGAGAACCAAAUAACCUUUCAUUCACGGGUCUGGAGAUCAUCACUGGAGCUGGUUAUUUUCAGCAAACAGUACUCUACUAUGGCUUUUACACCAAUGCUACAAUCAGUAAACCAGAGAAUGGUCCACCUUACAACAUGCAGCUAGCCUAUAUUUUCACUGUUGGAAUAUAUUUUAUCAUCUGUUUUCUUAUCUUGUCGUUCAGCACGGCAAAAUCCUUCUGCAGGAACUUUAUUAACCCUCAUACCUACUCUGGAAAUGCCAGCAAGCUUCUCUCCACUUGGGACUUCAAUAUAACUAAUGAAAAAGCCGUGAAGCUGAAACAGAAGAGUCUCAGCACACAAAUAAAGGAAGACCUUGCUGAAGCAAACCAAGAAGUUUUAAAUUUUUCUGUAACAGAGAGAGCUGUUCGUAUUGUUAUUCAUCUUGUUUCCUGGGUUGUUUCCGUGGGAACGGCAGUAGCUGCCUGUGCUGGUGUUUACUUCCUCUCUGUUAAUAACCUAGAGCUGUUUAUGAAAGGGUAUAAAAAUGACCUGGAGAGCCAAGCUGCCAUGUUGGUGCUACCUGUUGUCACAUCUCUCCUCAAUGCACUCAUCCCAUCCUUCUACUCGUGGCUUGGACACCUGGAAAGUUUUCAGAAUCCUGGGCAGCAGAUAUAUGUCACUAUUGUCAGAAAUGUCAUCCUGAAGAUAUCAAUUAUUGGGAUACUGUGCUACUACUGGCUUAACAUUGUGGCUGCAUCAGACUCACAGUGCUGGGAAACUUUGGUUGGCCAAGAUAUCUACCGCUUUGUUCUAGUUGGAUUCAUAUUUAGUUUGCUUGGCUCUUUCUUUGGAGAGUUUUUACGAAGAAUUAUUGGAAGUACAGUCUGUGUGAGCCUGGGGCUGCCAGAAUUUGAUAUUGGACGAAAUGUCUUAGAUUUGAUCUAUGCACAGACUUUGACUUGGAUUGGUAUCCUCUUCUCACCUCUGCUGCCUGCUAUCCAGCUGAUAUCAUUUUCUAUAAUGUUUUAUGUGAAAAAGGUCAGUCUGAUGAUGAAUUGCCAACCCCCUCGCAAGGUCUGGAGAACUGCUCAGAUGACAACAUCCUUCAUGUUCCUGCUGUUUUUCCCUUCCCUUGUUGGAACUCUGUGUGCCAUUGGAGUCGCUGUCUGGAGGUUAAAACCUUCAGAAGAAUGUGGUCCUUUCAGAGGUUUGCCUUCUAUGUAUGCUGUAGUCUUCGAGUGGAUAAAAAUACUGGAAAAUUAUACUGCUGCAAAAUGGGUAGUGUGGAUCUACCAUAACUUAAUUACAAAUGAACUUUUCUUCUUCAUCCUCUCAGCUCUUGUCCUAAUUCUUACUUACGUUUACUGGCAAAUAAUAGAAGGAAGAAAGGCCGUGACCAAACUCUUACAUAAGCAAAUUAUUAAUGAAGGAAGAGAUAAAAUGUUUUUACUUGAAAGACUACGGGCACUAUCAAGGACAAAACAAAUCCUAUCUGCGCCAAGAGGACAAGCCCAGCAGAGAAGCUCUUCUUCACGCUGCCUGCCCGGGCAACCUGCCCAGCUAGUGCCAGACUACCCAGGAGGAGCAUUGGACAGAAAUCAAAAUGCAUCCUAUGACGAGUAUCCCUAUUCUGCUGGGAUCUCGAGGGAGACUGACUUCCCACUAGAUUCGGAGAGAGCCCAGCCCAGACGCCGGCCCGGCGUGUCCGAGGCGGUGGCGCUGGCUCUGCGGGCCAGAGAAGCAGCUCAGUGGGAAGACGAAGAUGACGACAGAGACUUUUGA